UUCCUGAGGGAGGGCCGGUUUGAGCAAGCAUGGGAAAGUUCUCCCCACUUUUUCCGAUUACAUCGAUUCUUUUUAAAGAAGGCAAAACACAACCCGACCGGAGCAGCAGCGCAGUCCACCACUGGAUAGAGCGGAGGUGACAUUAAAGACGCACUGGUUGCUGGGACCUGUGAGGCUGUAAGGAGACAAACCCGGCUUCUAGAGAGAGAAAGGAGCAGAGGAUGUCCAGAGCUGACUGGUCCUUCCUGGAGCACCUGCUGGAGGAGGGCCAGGAGUAUUCAACAGCUAUUGGCCGGGUCUGGCUUACCGUACUCUUUCUGUUUCGCAUGCUGGUACUGGGAACUGCUGCUGAGUCUGCCUGGGAUGACGAGCAAGCAGACUUUGUUUGCAAUACCAUCCAGCCUGGCUGCACUGCUGUUUGCUACGAUAAAGCCUUCCCUAUAUCCCACUUCCGCUACUUUGUCCUCCAGGUCAUCUUCGUCUCCACGCCGACCAUCUUUUACUUUGGAUAUGUGGCUAUAAGGGCUGGGAAGGACAGGAGAAAAGAUGAUGAGAAGCAGGCUGAAGAAGGAGGUGCUGGUGGAAGAAAAAAUGGUCAAGUUCACACAGAAAGAGGCGAUAUCACAAAAAAUGAAGAGACAGAGAAAGAAAAGAGUGGCAUGAAAGGCAGAAGGCUAGAGAAGUCUCCCGAGGUGCCCAAACUGAAAGGCAGGCUGCUGGGAGCAUACGCAUUCAGCAUCUUAUUGAAAGUCCUCUUAGAGGUCGGCUUUAUUGUUGGGCUUUGGUUCCUUUACGAUGGCUUCUUCAUUGCACCAAAGUUUGAGUGUAAAAAGAACCCUUGUCCCCACACGGUGGACUGCUUUGUGUCUCGACCCACAGAAAAGACUAUUUUCACCAUCUAUACUCAGGUGAUUGCUGCCAUCUCCCUGUUACUAAACCUCAUCGAGCUCCUCCAUCUGCUCCAGCUCGCCAUCGCCUACCGCCUGGAGAAACGCUCGGCCCAGCAACAGGACUACCUACCUCGGCCUGAGCGGGAACCGGUGCGACAAAAGACUCCAGAACUCCAAAUGGAGGCAUCACAGGCUUAUAAAGUAGGGAGCCAUAUCGAGCUCGCCGUGCAGAGUGAGGCUGCACGCUGCCCAAACCCCUGUGAGAGCUACGGGGACAUGCCCAUAGAGGUGAACUGGGGAACUGGAGAUGCUGGGAGCGAUGCACUUCCCAGUUAUGUGAACUGUAUGGGUGCUAUGAGAAAGACACAUUCCCCUAGAGUCCAUUAUAAGAAACAUGCACACCACACGGGAAAAACUACUAAGGGUGCUCAUAAGGGACACUCAAAACAAAAGCAUUAUGUAUGAUGCAGUCAGUCAGACUCAUGUUUCUAUGGGAGUGUCUUUUGGGCUUCAGAUUUUUUUAUAAAUAUUUUCCUGCACACUUGACUAUCAGGAGUGCACAGUAAGAUACAGAAGAACAGCUACUGUACUGUGAACUUAAUGCCUCAGAGGCUGACAGACAUUCAAACAGAGAUUUAUCAGAUAAAUGGACCUAUUCAAAAUGAAACAUUUAAAGAGCACUCCCCAAGGCAAAGAAAAUGAGACUCCACAGUGAGAGAAGAUUAAAGUCAUAAGAUGCCUUCGUGUUACAUUUAAUGGGUUUUUAGUGCUGAAUAUGACAGUGGGCUUUGGAGAGGGUGUUGUGUGAGAGUUUACUGGAGAGCUAAAUUUAAAUAUACUCCCUGGAGAUUUGCACUGUAACCUCUUUUUGAAGCCCAGUUCUCUCCCAAAGGCUCUGUCCACCCUGUGGAAUGUACUGGUCUCUGGAUCAUGCUCAGGUCCCGGGAGGAUAAUGACUGCGUGGAUGCAGGCACGCACGCCUGCAUGCACACACACAAUAUAAUUUCCCAACGAGUUUUGGCCGCUCAAGUUGGGGAUGCGGGCUUGGAGAGCAGGAGCAGAGGGAAAGGGGAAACCAAACUAUGGGACUUAUUAUCGCCAAUAACCGCAGCAUUGUAUCUACGAAGAAAACAGAGAAAAGGAACGCACAGCACAAAGAAGGCAUCCAUUUGAAUGAAUGAAAACUAAACCUUUAGGCGGUUAGAGGUAGAUCUUACACAGCGACCAGGCUGAAAGCGGUACAGAAAUGUACAAAUUCAAAGAAAGGAAACAAGUUAUUCUGUGAAAACUGUAUUUAAUGUUUAUUUUUGAGAUAUUGCAAAGUGAUAAUAUUUAUUUUAUUUUUUUUGAAGAAAUAA